UCUAGGUUUCCACAUGCGUUGGAGAGUUCAGUAUUCGAAAAGAUUUUAUGUUGGUAGUCGAGAUUGAGAAAUUGUAUAUCGAAUAAAUUUGUAAAUCACCAAACGUAGUUUUCUUAUGGACAUGACAAUAAUCUGGCGACGAGGAUUAUGGUAAAAAUAGUUGGAUUGCUUAUUCCGGCUUAUGAAUUUGAAAGAGUAUGUUGGACGCAGAUGGUGCUGCAAGUUCUCAACCUAGUUCCAGAGGAAGAAGUCCAUCCAGUGAAGUGAGAGUGAGCUGGGUGUACGAACUUAACAAACAAGAACUAAUUGAAAAACUAAAAACGUAUAACGUUACUGUGAGUGAAACUGAUAGUGUUGAUAACUUACGAAAAACGCUCGUCAAAAAACUUCGUGGAAAAAACGAAACUUUCACAAAGAAGGAACUAUACCGGUGCGACAUGUCUGAUUUUAAUAAAAUAAGUUUUACCCUAAACAAAGACAAUUGGGAAGUUUUUAUCGAAAGACUAGAAUUAAUUUUCGAGUGUCAGUGUAUUCCGCCGGAAAGACAAAGUGCAGAACUGUUAACAAGAGUUUGUCAAGAGACUUUCAUGUUGUUUCGCAAUUUAACUUCACCAAAAAAGGCUAAAGAUCUUUCCUACACUGAUUUAGUUAAUAUCAUGAACUCUCAUCUUCAUCCAAAGCCUUCAGAAAUUUCCGAAAGGAAUAAAUUCUACGCCACGAAACAAUUACCUUCGGAAUCGAUACACACAUUCCUUACAAAAUUGAAAGAAAGAUCUUUUUAUUGUAAUUUCAAGGACCUUGAUAUUGCUCUUCGUGAUCAAUUUGUAUUUGGACUUAUAAAUCACGAAACAAAAGUGGAAUUAUUUCGUCAAGAAAAUCUAACAUUUCAAAGUGCGGUGAAGAUAGCGGAGGAUCGAGAAGCAGCUAUAAAAAAUUCCUUAUCAAUGAAGUCCGCAGAUGCUGUGUCUGAAGAUACAAUUUUUUACAUGAAUAAGGCUGGUUCAAAAUAUUCCAAUCAUCAACAAUACAGAGGAAGGGGAAGCGGAAACGCAGAAGGAAAAUUCAAAUCUUCGCAACCAAACAACGCAGCCGCGGCUUCCACUUCCAAAGACCAGAGCCAGAAACUCAUCAGAGACAAUAGACAAAGACAACACGAUAACAGGAGCAGUAACUACAGACGAGAAGACAGAAACGGCAGCCGUAGGUCGAAUGUGUCAAACAAUUCUCAGGUACAUAUAACCUCAAAAACGCGUAAUAAUAAUAAAUGUUAUUGUUGUGGUGGAUUUAAUCAUUUCGCAAAAGACUGUAAACUUAGGUGGAAAACUUGUAAUUAUUGUAAUGUAAAAGGUCAUAUUGAUAGAGCAUGUCUAAAAAAACAAAACGGAAUUAAUUUAGUCAAUGACAACUUAUUAGAAAAUGAAGAUUUGGAUAGUUCUGAUUUAGAUUUUUAUUAUAUGCAGCAAAACGAUUUUACUGAAUUUCAGAAAAAACGGUAGCUAAUUAUUUUGCAGCUAAGAAAAUCCACAAGGCAGAUAUUUCAUUGUCCAGCUAUGACAGAACAAAGUUGAAUGUAAUGGG